AUGUUCUUAAAAACACACACAAAUGAUUACUUUCUUGUGUUGGAAUUUCAAAAAUUACAAAAAACAAAUAAUAUGCAUGUGGAUGCAUUUUAAAAAAAUCCAUUCUCUCUUAGUCUUAAAAAAAUUAUAAAAAGUAUUAUUUUAAUUAAAAGCUAUAGCAUAAAAAAUAGAAUCUCUCUCGUUCUCGUUCUCGCCGCCUAACUCUCUUAAAAUACGAAGAAUUAAUCAUUGAAAAGCUAUUAUGAUUGA